UCCUCAAAGUAGAGCAGCAGCGGGUAUCUCGUCCUUCUCUUUUUUAACCCGCUGUACAAAGCGACAAUUGGACGACCACCCGCCGAGCUUGCGUAACGCGGGCGCACCGCGCUCGUGAAUCAGUUGCGUCGUAAUCUCACGGACCUAGGUUCGCGCGUCGUUAAAGGGAAGCCUUACUGCCCGAGGAAAUUUUGCCGAAGGUUACGCCGCGACCCACAUCGCGCCAACGCACGAGUACCGCCGGCGUUUCCUGCGUGUCCGCGCGAAUUGUCGCGCGCGUUUCCAUUGCGCGCGAGUGUCGAUACGCGUGGCAUUGUUUAACAAACGCGCGAAUCGCAGCCACGGUGCCAUUGUGCGGGCGCGAUUACGCGAAGGCGGAAGGGACGGGGACCCAGCUUUUCGAGCCGACAAUUAUUUCGAGCGGCGUUGAUCGCCAAAUUCGAUGUUUACACCCGUUUAGUAUCGGCGAACGAUCCUCGCUGAUCCUCGAGUGUCUCGCGACAAUAGUUCUCGCAAUUGUAAGAGCUUUCUCGGCGGUGCGGGGAGCUUCCUGGGCUGUUUAACACGGACAAAGAUUUGUUUAAGGUCUAGGCUUGAACUCCGGCGUAUAAAGCUACGCCGCAAACAACAGGCCGGGCCUUGAAAAGUUCAAGUUGUAGAGCUUUCGCUAAUAACGCGCAUUAGCGCCCCGGGCUCGUCAGGCUGUUCGCGCAAUUCACGAUUGUAUGUACAUAAUAUUCCGCCGAUAUGCAUCAAUCUGCGGUGACUGAAACCGGCGUGUCGGUAAUGAAUAAGCUGGCCGCGUCGCGUGCCCUCGCUAAUGCCGCGCGACUCUUUUUACAGGUCCUUGAAAAUUUCAGCAUGGAGUGCCCCGAAGCGGUAGAACGAGGUCGGAAUUUUCGUCUACUAGCUGAAGAGGAAUUAUCUAAGCUCUUAGAUUUUCUUACGGGGUACUUGCCUGAGUCGUUGAAGGUACGUGCUAUAUUAUACCGCAUGCCACUGUUCACCUUUCACGGCAGCUAGUAAUAUAAAUGUCUUUUCCUCAUUCCGAUUUUUCUUUUGCCACGCGUGCACGGUGCGCGCCUAUGUCUCCACGAUAACAGAUAGCGAUAGGGAAAAUUAUUGAGAAAUAUGUUUGCUGAGGACCGGUUCUAUAUUUAGAUUUAGAAUAUUACACGUCUCUUCGCUCGCCUGACACUAUUAUCUUAUAAAUUACCAACAUGCUCAAUACGGAGGCUAUAAAGCGCCGUCAGCUUCUAAUUUGAUGUUGAUGAAAGCAGAAAAAGUAUUACGGAAGAGUAAAAGUUCCCGACGAAGAGGAUGAGAGUGGCAUAGGGGAAAUAUAUAUAGAAUCCCUGAACUCUAAUGAUACAACUGAAAAGGGAGCGAUACCUAAUGAAAAAAAUACGUCGAAGAUGUGCGUUUCAACAAACCGUGUUAACUUAUAUGCGAGACAGAGUCUGGGAAUUCCAUUUCUACGUGGCUAACGAUUGGCCCGAGGACGCAAUCUGCUUACAUUUUCCCGGAAUGACAUUAUCUCCACACGGUUUGGUGUACGAGAGCGUCGGCGUCUUCUGCCCGAACAACCGGCUGGAACUGCUUCGCCUUCUCCGAGAGGAGGACAUUCUGAUAGACUGGUCGAGACCUUUGUACAUUAAUUUCGUUCACUACGAUAUUGCCGAGGAAUUAACGCGUCUUUACGAAGGUACCGGCACCAUCGAGACGGUGGUGGGCGAUGUCUGCGCGUGCGAGUACAUUGAGCAAGAGGGGGAGAGCCUAGAGGACGAGAAGUCCGACCCUGACGUCCAGGUGCGGCCUCUGAAGGCCGAGCACGCCGAGGGGAUCCACGAGUUGUACCCGGCGAACGACAUGGAAUGCCACGAGCUUUUCCUUCGACUUAUCAGGACUCUACCCGCGGCGGGAGUGUUCGCGAAGGGUAGCUUGGCCGCCUGGAUGGUUCAGUCCUAUUACGGGGCUAUGUUCUCCAUGCAGACCAAGCCGGAAUAUCGUAGGAAGGGGUAUGGGACGAAGUUAGCAAGGUACCUGACAAAACGCGUAACCGAGAAAGGAUAUUAUCCGUUUGUAGUUAUACGUCCAGAAAACGAAGCUAGCCAAAGCUUGUACAAGAAGCUGGGUUUUACACGGCUUUACCAACUCGUUCGAAUGAUCUUUAUGCCCUUCACGUGGCAGGAGAGCGAGAACGAUGCGAAUAUUCUUAGGGAUAAUUUAGAGAACGCCGUGAGACAGCUCACGAUCGAGCAGAGGGUAAUAACGGCGUUACACGACCAGGAGAAGAGCGAGGAAACGAUACGGGAUCCCGCGGGAGUCGCGGAGGACGAGUCGAUCGUCGACAAGUUUGAGGGGGGAGAGGAGGUCGAGGAGGAACUUCUCGAAACCAUCGAGGAGCGGUCCGAAGAGAGGAUAGACGUCGCGGCGAGUAACGCGGACAACGGCACAACAAUCGAAGAUGCGCCGGAAGUUGUGGAAGUUAACGGCUCUUGCGACUGCGAGACGGAUGCUGGCGGUGGAGACGAAUAAGUUUCUAGGGAACGUUUAUGCGAUAAACGACGGUCCAUAAAUUCGUACGUUUUGUUUGCUCGAAGACACGCUCUUCGCCGUGGGACAUUGAUAAGUAGCCAAGCAUUUAAGGAAAUUACAAACGGGAGUUUACGAGAUGCCGAAAUGUCACGCGGGACUCGGCUGUAUAUAUAACUUUCCUAACAGUUGUUUGAAAUCUACUUAGUUCGAUAGAUAUGAACGUCCAUUUUAAAAUAAUGACAAUUCAUAUGAAUCAUAUUCAACAAUGAUUCACGGUGAAUGAUGUAACGUUACUUUCCAAUUAUUACCGACGAUACAUUGAACAUGUCGCAACUUUACGGAACACAGCACGUAUACGCGCACACGCGCACACACACACAUACACACGCGCGCGUACACAGAGCGAUAUAUUAUACGGGAUUUCGGUUGUACUAUUUACAUAACGAUAUGUGAACACAUAUGAGGAGAGCUGCAUUCUUCGAGCGAUAGAAACGGAAGAAGAGUCAGAGAUAGGAAAUAUUUUAAGAGAUUUCAACAUUAUGGCACCGCGUUCGUGCGAGGCUUCAAUAUUCACACACGCGGAAUCCAAAUUCCUCGUGUGAUUCCUCAUAUCAGACUCUUUCCAAAACGUCGUGAAAAUCUCAGGUAUCGAAUAGCUAACGUAUCUUUGGGUUGCCAAUGUUAUAUCUCGUUAAAGUCUAUCUUGUACCGUUCCCCUAUUACAUCGGUAAAUAUAUAAUUUAAAGAAAAGCAAGACCGCCGAUGUUACCGACGAUUCGUCGUAAAAGUGCGUUGAAAAGGCGCGUCUGUUCAAUAUAAUAACUCAAAUCUUUUUAAAUGAAUUAAAUAGAACUGUCAUAUUGCGGUUGACCACUUGUGUCUACGCGCGUUUUCUCCGUUCGUUCCACGUCUACUUCGCCAUUGGGUAUUGACAAAGAAUAUACAUUGCGCGGCGUACGACGAUCUAUGAUUAUUAGGAAAUUUCGUACUAGCGUUUUCUACAUCGUUAUCGAGUUCCGUGACUCGGAAACCUUAUGUAUUGAUUUCUAGCUACUUGAAAUAUAUAUAAUAAAAUAGA